AUGUCGAUGUCUUCUGAUACGAAGCCCUUGACGACCCCGCUUGCGGAUUAUCGACCCGUGGAGGAUGCGACGCCGUCUUUCUGGCACGAGGAACCUCAUGAACUCCAUGACACACAAACAACCCCAAGCCUCCCGCCGUGGAGCGAUGUAGUGAUUAUCGGAGCCGGGUACGCCGGUGUCGCCGCCGCGUAUCAUCUGAAGAAAGGCGAGAAGAAGAACAAUCUCUCAGUCACGAUCCUCGAGGCGCGAGGCGUCUGCUCCGGCGCGACGGGGAGAAAUGGUGGCCAUCUAAGACCCGAUCUGUACGGCCACAUCCCCACCUACAUCGAGCGAGAUGGGCUGCAAGCCGGAGUGGAGAUUGCCGAGUUUGAAAUUGCUCACCUGAAUGCGAUCAAGAAAGUCAUCGAGACGGAGAAUAUUGACUGCGACUUCACCAUCACGCGGACGGUGGAUGUGUGGAUCAAUCAAGCCGCUGCUACCAAGGCGAGGCAGACGUACGACCUCAUGAUGAAGCACAAUCUGAAGUAUAUGGACGACGUCUUCUUCACCAAGCCCAAAGAUGCCGAGAACAUCUCCGGUAUCAAAGGAGCCAAAGCCUGUGCCACCUACACCGCAGGAACCAUGACCCCCUACAAAUUCAUCCUCGGACUCGCCAAGAUUCUCGUCGAGCAAGAGGCAGUCAAUAUUCAAACUCACACCCCCGUCACGAAAGUUACGCCCGACCCCAACGGCGGCUUUGUCAUCACCACUGCCCGCGGAACCACCCACGCCAAACAGGUAGUGUACUCGAACAACGGAUACAUUGCCGGCCUGCUCCCCGACUACCACAAAGCCAUCGUCCCCUGCAAAGGCAUCUGCUCGCACAUCAGCCUCCCCGCUGGCAAACGUGCCCCUCUCCUCACCAACUCCUACAUCAUCCGCGAAGAGGAUCUCACCCUGUCCUACCUCACCCCCAAGAUCGACGGGAGCAUCGUCGUCGGGGGUGCGGGUACGAAGUUCAGACCCUUCCUCGACCAGUGGUACAACAACGUGGACGACAGCACGCUCCUGCCAGGGAAAGACCACUUCGACACCUACAUGCAGCGCCUCUUCCACGGCUGGGAAGACACGGGUGCGAGGGUCGAUAGUAUCUGGUCGGGCGUCAUGGGGUACAGCUUCGACGGCAAUCCUCACAUCGGCCGGCUCCCCAAGAGGGAUCAGGAGGGGGCAGGGUGGCUGCGACGGCCGUGGCAUUGGGGGAGCGGGGAGCCAUUUGAGGAGAACCAGUUUGUGUUGGCGGGGUUCAAUGGGCAUGGGAUGCCGGUGAUCUGGCUGGCGGCGAAGGGGAUCGCGAAGAUGAUGACGGAGAGGUGUGGGUUUGAGGAUACGGGGAUUCCGAGGUUGUUCCAGACGACGAGGGAGAGGAUUGAGAGGUCGCUCGCGGGGCCGGAUGAUGGGGGAUUGAUUUUGAACUGA